AUUAGUCCUCCGCUCUCUGCGCUCAGUCGCGCUCUUCAUGCGGUUUAUUUCGGAAAAGCGCAGCAGUGCGCAGCGCACCUUGUCUCUCUCCUGGCGCGCACCAAACUUUGAUUAACGCAUGAUGCCAAGUGUGAAACACUUAGAGUAACUUAAAAUUGGGAAACAAACAAAAAAAGUAAACUGCGUUUUUAUUUUUCUCGUUUUGUAAGUCGGGAAGCGACAACCUCAUUCAGCAAGUGUGAUGGACAGUGAAUGCAGAGUCCAGUUAUUUCACUACUUCAGAGGCUCAGGCAGAAAUUGACAGAAAGUUGAUUUGAACUUUUUGCUACAUUGGAUCACAUUAGCUCAAAUUACAGACAUUACGUUAAAAAAAAAAAAUCAUGGAUUUCUGUGCGCAAAAUGAGACAUCUCUGAACCCUGAGUGCGUCGGAGCGCAGGCUGAUGGAGCCGGUAACGGGAGCUUGGAGACUUCAAGCGUCGCCUGCGGCAACGAGUCCAUAGUCGUCAUUCCGCGGAGAGAUGAAGACCACACGCUGCGGAUCCUGCUCUACUCGCUCAUCUUCUUCCUGAGCGUUUUCGGGAACCUGCUGAUCAUCGUGGUGCUUACGGUCAACAAGCGGAUGCGCACCGUGACCAACACCUUCCUGCUGUCGCUGGCCGUCAGCGACCUGAUGAUGGCCAUCUUCUGCAUGCCCUUCACCCUCAUCCCAAGCAUCCUCAAGGACUUCAUCUUUGGAGCUGCCAUGUGCAAGAUAGUGUCCUACCUCAUGGGCAUAUCGGUGAGCAUCUCCACGUUUAGCCUGGUUGCCAUAGCAAUUGAGCGCUACAGUGCCAUCUGUAACCCUUUGAAGUCACGGGUGUGGCAGACCCGUUCCCAUGCCUAUCGGGUGAUCGCUGCUACCUGGGUGCUGGCCUUCAUCAUCAUGAUCCCCUAUCCCAUCAUCAGUCACCUGGAGUCGUUUCAGCGUCCAGACAACAGCACAGGCCACCAGUGUCGACACAAGUGGCCCAUCGCUACUGCAGAACAGACCUGGUACAUUCUGCUUCUGCUUGUACUGUUUGCGAUUCCAGGAGUGGUGAUGAUUGUGGCCUAUGGACUGAUCUCCAGAGAACUUUAUCGAGGCAUCCAAUUUGAGAUGGGCCACAAAAAGGACUCCACCGAUGUGAAGAAUGGCCUGACCUCCUCUGUUUCCAGUGGCAGGGAUGAUGGAGACGGUUGUUACGUUAACGUGGUCCAGCGGCCGCACUCGAUGGAGAUGUCCGCCAUGGCUACAUCAGGCAGGGCGAUCAAGGCGGAAAGGCCACGCAGCAACACGUCUGAGGCCAAGCUGGAGGCCAAGAAGCGAGUCAUUCGCAUGCUGGUGGUCAUUGUUGUGCUGUUCUUCCUCUGCUGGAUGCCACUUUACUGUGCCAACACCUGGCGGGCUUUUGACAUCUCUGCCACACACGCCCUCUCGGGGGCACCCAUCGCUUUUAUCCAUUUGUUGUGCUACACCUCCGCCUGCGUCAACCCAAUUAUUUACUGCUUCAUGAACACACGAUUUCGCAAAGCCCUGCUCGCCACUUUCUCGUGCUGCGCCGCGCCUUGCCACCGCCGCCAUCGUCAUGGGCUACGGGACAAUGAGGAGGAUGUUAUGGCAACUGGGGCGUCCAUGUCCAAGUUCAGUUACACUACUGUCAGCACCAUGGGAACCUGCUGAGGGAGAUGGAUGCAGACACAAUCCAGGAAAGACAGUUACUACGGCAACACAACACCCCAUAUCCUUUGUUUUUAGGCCAAUGCUAUGCUCAUAGGGACAAUGAUGUGUUGUGGAAAAACAGGCCAUACAAAGUAGCAGUAUAGAAGCUUCAUCUUCAACAUUAUGUGGAGAUUAGUUGUCGACACCCAGUCUUACAGUGUAAAUACUUCCAUAGCUUUUUUUUUUUUUUUGAAAAAGCACAAAAAAAGAGUACACAGUUCUCUCUAUCACAGGAGAUCGAAGCAAAUUGUUUGCUUGUAUGUUUCUGGUGAUGUGCGUGUGCAGAGGUUAUUAGCAGCGUUGGGCUGCAUGAUAUCUGGGGGAGAUAGUCUUAAUAACUUACUAGUCAUUAUGUAGCCAUCAAAACAGCAAGAACCAUUUGCAAUGUCAUUUCUAAACCGUGUUUUUUAGUUUGCCAUUAGUUGUUAAUGUUUAUCUGUGUUAAUAAUUGGUAAUGCAAUUGCCUUCUGGACUAAGUGCCUGCUUCUGGAUGCUAUGUUGUUUUUGUCUAAUUUAGAUUUGGCUUCAUACAUCAUUUGCAAAACAACCAUGGGCAAAUUGUAACCGGAAGGGUUUGGAAAUAUAAUUGAAAAUUUCUACUGGUAAAUGGCAAAUGAGUGGGUUUUUAAUGUACUUGGCUCACAAAGACACAUAGUAGUGAUGCCUUGUGUUGUGAUUGUAAACUGUAAUGCUCGUCACAUUCGUGUUUUUAGCUUAGUUUGGUAGUCUUGCAUCCUUGCAUCGAAACACAGAAGCAAAUGUAAGACAGAAGUUGUUCAGUUUGCACUUCCUGGAGAACAUCUUGAUAGGAAUCUGAUUUACUUAACAGUCUCUGCAUUCUUACAACCUUGUUACCAUAUUAGAAAAACUCCAACAGAAAGUGCUGCACACUGCUCCAGAAACAAAACAGAGUAAAGUUUAUUUUGACAAAGAAACACGAAUAUUUAAAGAACAAUAUAUUGACUCCCAGUCAAAAUAUUGGACAUGCCUUCUCAUUCAAUGCUUCUUAUUUAUUUGUAUUAUUUUCUACAUUGUAGAUUUAUACUGAAGAAUUACACUUUUUUAAAAAACAUAAUUCAUCUGUAUUCUUUCAUGCUUUUGAUGUCUUUAGUUUUAAUCUACAAUGUAGAAAAUAAUUAAAUAAAAACCCUUGAACAAGAAGGUGUUUCCAAACUUUUGCCUGGUAGUGUGUGUGUGUGUGUGUGUGUGUGUGUGUAUAUAUAUAUAUAUAUAUAUAUAUAUAUAUGUAUAUAUGUAAGCAUAUUUAAAAUAUCAUGUCACAUAACAAUCCUUACACUCUUUAAGUGCAUAUGUGUAGGCACAGUUUACCUGUUUUAAUGCAGACUGCCCUUGAACCAAAUUUUGGAAUGCUACUGCUGUGAUAAAAUCUUGUGUUUUAGUGUCAGAAUAUUAUAUUGUAGCUUUGAGCUGCACAAAACACAGCCAACCCACUAUAUCUCUGAAGGCCAAGAGAAUCAGAUAUUGCUUCUAUUGCAGAGUAAAAUUUGAAGAGUACAUUUUUUUUGUGUGGCUGAUAAGUGCAGCGACUCUCUGUCCCUGUUGAACUCACCUGCAGGCAACAGAGCAGAGGGCAGGUUUCUGAGGUCUCUCUUUGUCAGGUCUGUCUUGCGUGUCUGACUUUAGCUCCCCUACUCACCUCCCACUAAUUGUGUUACAAGCUCAGCCCUGCCAGGCUCAACCGGUGAGCAUAUUUCACUAAGUGCUCCAAAGCGCAAUGCUGUCAGCCCCACGACUAAUAGAUGUAUGGCCUGCUUGCGUGAUUGUUUGGUUUCAUAGGCCUGCAGCUUUUGUAGUUUCUUGUGUGCACUGUACCCUUUGUGUUUAAAAUGAAAUCAGAGCGAUGCCUUACUGUGGGAGAGCAUCCCAAAGCAAGGCAGAGAAUUUUUUCAGCUGGAAUCUCGAUCUGCAUCACAGGAAACAGCCUAGAUUAGUCAGUAAAGUCUUCUAUUUACGUGCAAAUCAAUUACUAUCUGCAGUCCCAAUAAAUCUAAUACUCUGAGACAGCCCUGGCGUCACACGAAGGGCAAAGUGACAGCCAGCGCAUUAUUGACUUUCCCUUUGUGUCACUGUGCAGACUUAGGCUACAUUGUCUUGAAACUUAGCAGGCAGACAUUCUUUCAUAGCUAUUAUUUGAACUGAUUAACUCAGUGGUAAUGGUCUCGAUCUAAAAUAUCAAAACAAAGAUUAAAUUAAAAUGCUUAUUUGAUCUCAAAGUCUCAUGGUUAAACAUUGUAAAAGCAGACAUUUCUCUCAGUGGAUCAUGUUUUACUGCAGUAAACAGCAGACGGGAGGUUUUCAUGCAUCUGGUAGUAGCAUUGCCCACAUAUGGGGAAUACUGUAGUGCAGCCGUCUGUGUCGUGGUUUAUGAGUGACACUUGGAAAGCAAUUUUUUUUCUGGUGAGCUGAAAGAGGCUGAUUUCACUGCGGUGUCGGGGCGGCCGUUAUGUCUUACUCCUCCGACCCACCAGCCGCAAACACACACCUGACAGAGUACUUCAGCUUAAGCUGGUUAUUAUGCACUAAUUACAGACAAAUGCCAAUUAUUAGUUCCCACCCACUCCUCAUCACUAAAUUAAUACUGGCACAUGAAAAUUUAAGUCUCAGUAUAAAAAUAGCUGUGAUGGCAUCUAGUGAGCACAUUUCAUUACCAUAUUAAUGCAUGUCAAGGUAUAUAGACGCAUGACAGGUUACUGUGAAUUUAUCAUUAGAGAAACUGACUCCCAGAUAUUUGGUGUAGUCUGAAAUAAUUUGAAAAGAAAAUGACAAGUGGGUUCAUCAUUAAAAUCAGUAAGUUUCUAAAUUGAUGUUAACAUUAAACUAUUCUACUAAAGUAUAUAUUGGCCGCUGUUUGCUCAUUUCUUAGCUGUACCAGAUUUCAAAGGGGAUAAUAUGUCAAUAUAUUGGAUUUUAAUCUUAUAUAACGGCCCCUAUGAGGUCAGUAAAUUGAUUACUUCUGCUUUAAGGUUAGGGUUGCAUGGUCCAGCUCCCACUCGUGAUCGGAUUUAAUGCAAUUGUACUUGACGAGGAACACUGAGGGACAGAGGGACACCUACAUUAUGCGGCACUUCAGUUUUCUGCAGAAGAAUGAAGCCAAAAUACCCCAGAAACAGGCACAAGCUUGUUGUGGUGAGAGAAUUUGCAAUUAGACUUGGUGCAGAAUGAACAGGAGUGGCAGAAACAUUAAUACCACUAAUGUGUGAGACUCCGUUUGUACAUUUUGUCACCAGUACUAGUUGGUAACAUGCAUUUCCAAGAUAAUUUACAAGCAAUACUGAUAGUUUGGGUCUUACAGGCCAUGUCUUUUAGAUAAUAGAAAAUGGAAUGUGAUUUUGUGCAGUUAAAAUGGCAAAAGAAAGCCUCAGCAUUGUUUUCCGCACGAAACAGUUUGUUACGUACUUAUCGAGACAGUAUAAUUGAUGACAUAGUAGCCUGCUAAUUAGCCUGCUGAUUAUCUGCUGAUGUUGAAUUUUUCAGAUAAAUUCACUUUUUUUCAGCAUAGAUUAAUUCCAUUUAUCUCCAUCGUAUUGUAAUGCCAAAGACGUGAAAUAUUCUGUUGAACUGACAAAUUAGCUAUCUGCAUAGAUAAGUAACACAUGGAGUAAGUCAGAAAAUGUCUAUUUUUAUAGACAUUUUAUAAACACUGCCUACUUAUGCUCAGUUUGUCAAUCUUGCAGAGAUAAAGUGAGAUAAACAAGACACUUUAGGCUCCGAUAAGAGUAGAAAUAUGUUGAUGUAAAUGUCUGUUGUUCAAAUGUAUACCUUGGUGUGUUACCAAAAAAACCCUGUAAUAGAGGUAAAAGAAACUCUGUAACAAUCAGAACAUUUGUUGACUGAUCACUGUCACACACUCACAUUGAUUUGGGUAAUCAAUCAUGUUCAGUCAAGACAAUGAGGUGGCCUUUAUCAAGUGACAAACCCCCACUCACUCUAUGAUUACUAUGCCCCUGCUGCCGGCUUAGCAACCUCAUCCUCUUCUUAAAGAUCACGCAAACAUGUUACUGGUUGUUUUGAUUGAUUUCUCUUCUACCACUGUCAGCUCCCUCCUUUCAUGCUUCUUAUUACCGUUUGACAGUGGCAUCUCUUGCCAUAAACAUUAUGUGUGCUCAUAUCUCAAUGAUAUCGGAUUCCGUGCUGAAACUCUCUAUUUUGCUCCAAUUGCAGAGAACCCCAAUGAGCCUAUCCAUUUGUUAGUUUAAAUUCUUUGACAUAAGUGCAGGUGACAAAUGGUGCAGCUGUGCUCAGGGGGAAUGCUGCUGGAGGACGAUAAGGACAGUGUCCACAGGUGUUGUAGAGGGAAUCUCUGGGGCACAGGGGUUGACAGUUUGCAAGUGUUUAAUGCGAGCAAAGCUGAUAUUUGAUGAGCAAAUUUGCCUGACUGGGCAGUACAGCCUGGUGUAUUCAUGACAAAUUCAAGAUGAGAUGUGUAAAAAAAAAAAAGCUAGGUUGUCUGAAUGGCAACUAAAACUGCUUGUGUGGAUCUUCUGUGCAAAAUGGAGCCUGGUCUCACUCCGUACUGUUGCAUGCCGAUGCUUUGUCAGGACCCACAUUACAAUGCAGUGAAUCCUUUUAGUGUCAUUUUUUAAUGCACCCGGUAGGCUGAGGGACCUGAGAAACCGGAGAAAUCUGUGAAUGUCAGAAAUAGAUGCCAGGAGCCAAUGGCCAAAUGGUCCUGCUGGUGUUGUCAAUGUGGCAAUGUUGAAUAUAAACCACAACUUGUCAUAAGCUGACACAAGACAUUUAGGUGCCUAAACUUUAACGCCAAACAGCAAGUGAAAUGUGACUUAAGUCAUAAAAUAAAACAAAACCAAGUUAGAAAAGAGUGCUGGAUGAGAGCCUCAGCCUCUUAUGUGAAAGUCCUAUUACCUAAACAUCCUCCCUCAUCCCGGCUCCUAAUGAAGGUCUCUUAAGGGGGGGGGACUCCUAUACAUCUGCAGUAUUAGUGUUUGAAUAUUGUGUUUGUUAUGACCUUGUUAAAAUGACAGCAUUUGAUAGAAGAUAGUAAGAUGCAGCCCAGAUUUAUAACUGAACUAAUUUUAUGGUUUUCCAUUUAAGGAGGAAAUUUUAGAUAAUUAAAGUAGUUUUUAAUUAUUGACAUAUAUGACACCUUAUUGUAAUCUUAAUUUUUCCUUUUUACAUAGCUGAAGUAAUCAAUUAGGCAAAGAAACUGCUUUUGGAAACGUACUUACACUCAACUGAUCGUACUGUAUUAUGUGUUCUUCAAGUUUGCUUCAAUCCUGCGCAAGUUGCCAUGUGGUGCAACAAAUAUUAAUGUGCCACAUGCUUCCUAUGUACUGUAUUAUAUUAAUAUGUCCAGCACCGUUGUGUUUUUUUGGGUGGAUAAAGUGCAACAUGCACUGUAUGUACUGUGCAAGAUGUGCAGGAAUGUGGUUGGGGUGGAUAAAGGCAUAAGACGUGCUACAAUCGGAUGGCCAGACUGUGACAUCAGGGUACGGGGUUUGCAUCCAGCCUGCUGUGUAUGGUUAACUUUACAUUUAAAAAAACAAAGGCGUUUGAUUAAGUUUGGGGAAAUACUGUGGAUUUGCAAUGUUAAAAACAUGCUGUGUCCCUCUAUUAAACCAGACAGCAGCCUUAACCAAGUGUCUCAACACAACCCAGCAAAAGCUGAAUAAUGCUGUAGUCACUACUAGCAGAUAUUUUAUUGCCAAAAUCCAAUAUUUUGGCAUCAAACAAGUCAAAUAUGUUGCCUGUGAACAUUUCACAGUUAGAUUGAAAAACAACAUUUGUGCAGCUUUCCAUGUGGGGGUCAUUAGCAUUAAGUUUUAUUGACAUAUUUUCUGUUGUAAAUAUAAUUUGUCAAGAUGAUGUUGUAUGACCGCAGUGUAAACUAUAACUGAAGCACUAAAACAAGAGGGUCACAUUAGCUAAUAAUGAAGACCCUUCAUUUGUUGAUUGUGCUUGAUUGCAAAUUCCCAAACAAAUCUGUAAUUAAUUAAAUUACCAAAGCAGCGCUGUGAAUUUGGGGCUUUGGGACCCCAGGAGGUCUGGAACCCCUUUGCUAAACCAGUAAUCCAGUAAUCUUAACCCUUUAAGAUGCUUUAUUUACUUGCACACAUUUGCUUAUAAAACUAGAAACUCAUUUCUGUCACCAUUCCGUUAACACAGUGCUAGCUUUUUUUUUUUAAAGGCUGUCACAAGCAUCUUUUCUUUGGAAGAUGAACGGAAUUGACAGUUGUUUACACAUGCGUAGCAAGCAUGACUUGUGUUUUAAUAUAGUCGUCAGGGUUGUAAAGUAUUAAUAAUGUAGCAGCUAUUUCAGCCAUCAUAUCAGUGUGAUCCAUGUGGAGUGUAGAAAUCAUAUUGUGGAACAUAAUGAUGAGGAUUAAAGGCUGUGCUGUCUGUGAGUUAAGUAUGUGGGUAUUGUUUCAUUAGUGUCGAUGUUUACUGCCUCUGAGGCACAUUUUGGAUUAGUGCACCCGUCUUGCUGAGAAUGUCAGCAACAAUAUGUGAAGGCACAAACGCCUCCGUUAGCAACGUGCAAAUGUAAAAGCAUAUUCGCUUCAAACCUCUGCCCAUUACCUGCUCAUCUGUAGCAUACUUAAUAUAAAAAUACUACUCUGGAAUGUACUGAAAACAGAUGUAAACAAUAUGAAACUAAAUAUUAUCUUGUACGUUUCCUUAGUGAUGCUUUGUAAAAGGAAAGCACUGACCUUGUGUUUUGGUGAUAUAUAUAGUAGCGUGCCAUGUUUCUAAGCAGCUUGUUCAGGCUGCAGGCGUCUAUGUGGCGAAGGGUUAGAGAAGCAUACGAAGGCACAUUUAGAUUUACUCGAACAGUCACAGUUGCCAGGCCACCAUUGCCUUAAGUGUGUUCUGAGUGUACAGUAGCUGCGCAUCUGUGUGUGUGCAUGUGUGCGAGUCCUUCAUGCAUCUCCUGUGUGUAUACAUGAGUCACUAUCAUCUGAGGCAAAAUGAGAGCUGAAGAUGUUGUUUCUCCAUCCAUGGAAAAUAAUAUGGGUAAUGGCAAGCACCCUUCAUACUGAUGAACUCAGCGUUGACUUGACAUAUUCUGUCUGUGGGCAAAUACAUGAUAAUGGAACAGAGUUUAUUGUGCGUAAUGUCUUUUCUUAAUCAGUGGCAACUUUUAGAAAACAGUCUCAGAAAAUAUAUUUGAUGUGAUUUUCUCGGCUGAUGCUGUCUUGACAAGUACGUUGGUACUGCUAUGACAUUGUAAAGCCUUAGGUGUUCGCUUGUGUUUUGGAAUGUGUAGUUUUCCGUUCUGGUUCGUGCUGUACAUGGAGGAGGUUCAACAGGUCUACCUCCCCGUAUGACAGCACAGAUUCAUUGCUAUUAUGAUUGUCAUGAAAGCCACAGUUCAUUGUUUUUAACUUGGCAGACGUGGCAGAUGCUAUCUCUCAGCAAGAGGAUCAUCUGGUUAGCAUUUGUAUAUUCUAAGUAUGGAAAGUGUUUACUGUAGCUGCUGUGGCUUACUGAAAACUCAUGUCUGGCAGAUUCACACUUCCUGGUUUCCUGUCCUUUUCCAUGCCUUUCUGUUUCUCAGAUACACACAGUGUUACAUGUACAGCUAGGUGGUUCUCCAGAUGGUAGUGAGUUGCUUUAGAUUUUUUUUGUGCUAUGUUAUUUAAUUCUAAUAAAGCCUCUAUGUAAAAGAA